AUGGGAAAGUGGGACGUAUACUUAACUGGGCGGAAAAACGGUGAGAAAGCGUGUUUUUGCGGCCACAAGUUCAACGCUCAAAAGCAAGGAUCUACUUUCGCAUAUGUCUAUCACUUCAAGAACAAUCAUCCGAAUGAGUUUUUGAAGGUAAGCAAAAACUGUUCAAUUUAGUAAUUUUAUAUUUCAGCUCGAAAGCGGGAAAGGUGUGCAGGAAGAGGAGGCGAAGGAACCAGCCGCAAAGCGACGUGUCCAACCGAAAAUUUUUGAAAGUUUCCACGAGUUUGGCGACAAUGGGAAGAAAACAGAUGAAAUCCAUCGUGCGAUCAUGCAAUUCAUUGCCACCGCUUCCCUCCCGUUUUUGACUGUCGAAAAUGUUGGAUUCAAGAAUCUUCUUUCAAUGACAACGCCUAGAUUGAAAAUUAAAGGACGGACUCAUUUUUCACGUGUGGAACUUCCAAAACUCUACGAAGAAUACGAAAACCGUCUGAUUGUGGAGUUAAGCGACGUAUCCGAUGUUUCCAUCAGUUUCGAUAACUGGAGCGACAGUUCCGGAAGUCACGAGUAUUUGGGAACUCUCGUGCAUUUCGUAAAAAACGGGGAACUGGUUUUUCGUGUACUCGGAGCAAUUGACGUGACGGAGAAGAAUCACACGGCCGCGUUUCUUUCCGAAAAAUUGACCGAUUUAUUUGAGAACUUCAGCUUGGGAUCUAAAAUCCGAGCAAUUUUACGAGACGGCGCCUCCAAUGCAAAAGCUGCAGCUAGAGAGCUGCACGAGGUCCAUUUUGACUGUUUUGCUCACAAAAUCAAUUUGGCUUCGAAGGAAGGAACUUCCUUGAUUCCUGGAUUGUCGACCACACUCGAAAAAAUUCGAAAAAUCUGCCGAAAAUUGAAUAAGUCGCCGAAUGCGAGAAGGAAUUGGAAGGAGAUCUGCGUUCUCACCGAUGUGCCCGUUCUUUUGUUGAAAAAGCACACAGAAGUAAGUUCAAACUACACAUUUCGCAAUACUCGAUUGCUUCAGAUUCGGUGGAAUAGCAUUCACGACGUGUUCGAGAGAGCUAUGAAAGUGAAGACUCAACUUGGACUUCUUCUUCUAUCCUGCUCCGAUUGGCCUCAAUUGGACGAUUCCGACUGGGAAAUCGCGAAAUCGGUUGUGAAAGUUUUGACUCCACUGGUCGAAGCGACUAAAAUUAUUCAAGGAAGAUCGUUCUGCGCUUCUGCGAUUAUCCCAAUGUGCCGGGUGAUGAUUUCUGAUCUAGAAGCAUCUGAUCAAUUUCAAACAGCAACUACGGCUGUUGCCAAGAAACUCAGAGAAGAGCUUUCGAAAUACGAGAAAAUAGAGUAUCUCAACUACGCGACGCUCCUCGAUCCUCGAUUCAAGAAUAAGUACUCUGACCCAGACUGGAAACGAAAACUCACAGAAUUACUCCUCCAAUCGAUUCCGAAUGAUGAUAACGAUGAAAGCAAAGCUUCAGAUGUCGAACCUAGCCGAUCGGAUCCAUUCACUCGCUUCAUGGAAGCCCGAGGCGGAGUUUCGCCGUCCAAAAACAUAAUUGACAGGAGAGCAAUGAUUAUAGGGGUAAGAAAAUUCGCCAAAAACACUCCACAACUAGCUUUUUCAGGAAGUCGAACGGUAUUUUGGGGAAAAAACAAGUUUCGAGUUAUCCCCACUUGACUUCUGGUCAAUGAGCAAGGAUUCUUUGCCGUCCCUUCACAGCUUCCACGGAAAAUUUUUCUGUACUCCCGCAACGACUGCAGAAACGGAGCGACUCUUUUCAACCGCGCGUCUCAUUCUCACUGACAAUCGGAAAACACUGGACCCGGAGAGCUUCUCUCGGCUAAUUUUUUUGCAAAAAAAUAUUCCAUUGCUUGGCUUCCGCCCACUCAAGUGAUUUCAAAUCAUAAUAAGCAUUUUUUUGUAUUAGAACGUUGUUUAAACACUUUAUUGAACCAAUGAACAAGUGAGUUUUCCGAUUUUUCCGAUUUUUCCGAAAUUUUCCGAAAAAAAAAAUUCGGAAAAACCGAUUUUCCGAAAUUUUCCGAAAAAAAAAUUUCGGAAAAACCGAUUUUCCGAAAUUUUCCGAAAAAAAUUUUCCGCACACCCCUGGUGUAGUGCACGGCCUCCAGAGCUGACAAUAUGGGCGUGGCCUCCUCGGCGGCCAAAUGGCGUUUUCAUGAAUUGUGA